AUGACAUGGCUCUCUCCCUCCCACCUCUUGCGGCAACGAAGCCCACCAUUCCGUGCCGCCACUAGCCCUCGCCUCCGCGACCUAAUUGCUCUCGUCCUGAUGCACCAAGACAGGAGGCGCCAACUCCUCCAAAUCCACACCCAGUUUAUUGCCCACCAGGUGUUCGACCGAAAUCCCGCGCCGUGGCGCGCCUUCCUCAAGGCCUACUCCCACGGUCCUUUCCCCCUGGAAGCUCUGCACCUCUUCAGGCACGCGCGCCAGCACCUGGCUGAUGACACAUUUGCCUUCGCGUUCGUGCUCAAGGCUUGUGCGGGUCUGGGGUGGCCUCAAGCCGGUGCGCAGCUCCAUGCACUCAUGGUCCAGAAGGGGUUCGAGUUCCAUGCCUACGUGCACACCGCCCUUGUCAAUGUGUAUGUUGUGUCCGGGUGCUUGGUGGAAGCAUGGAAGGCGUUCGAUGAAAUGCCGGUGAAGAACAUAGUUUCGUGGAAUGUGAUGAUCACUGGCUUUGCUGGAUGGGGUGAGGUUGAGUAUGCGAGGCUUCUGUUUGAUCAGAUGCCCUGCAGGAAUGUUGUCUCAUGGACCGGGCUGAUUGAUGGAUAUACGCGUGCUUGUCUUCAUGUAGAGGCUGUUGCUCUUUUCCGCCACAUGAUGGCAGGAGGCAUUAGCCCGAGUGAGAUAACUGUUUUAGCAGUUGUUCCUGCAAUAUCUAAUUUUGGAGGGAUCCUUAUGGGUGAGAUGCUGCAUGGCUAUUGUGAGAAGAAGGGUAUUGUGUCAGAUGCCCGGGUUGGGAAUUCACUCAUAGACUUGUAUGCUAAGAUUGGCUCUGUGCAAAACUCGCUAAAGGUGUUUGAUAAAAUGCUGGAUAGAAGAAACUUGGUGUCAUGGACAUCAAUAAUUUCUGCUUUUGCAAUGCAUGGGCUGUCAGUUGAGGCACUUGAGCUGUUUGCAGAGAUGCGAAGAGCAGGGAUUAGGCCCAACAGAAUCACCUUCUUGAGUGUCAUCAAUGCCUGCAGUCAUGGGGGGCUGGUAGAGCGAGGGUUAGCGUUUUUCAAAAGCAUGGUUUAUGAGUACAAUAUAGAUCCAGAGAUCAAGCAUUUUGGGUGCAUCAUAGACAUGCUAGGUAGGGCUGGACGUUUGUGUGAGGCUGAGCAAAUAAUAGAAGGGUUGCCUAUGGAGGUUAAUGUAAUUGUAUGGAGGAUACUGUUGGGUUGUUGCAGUAAGUAUGGAGAAGUUGAGAUGGGGAAGAGGGCAAUAAAGAUGAUAUCAGACUUAGAAAGAGAAUCCGGAGGUGAUUUUGCGGUGUUGUCCAAUGUACUUAAUGAGCUUGGUAGGUUCAUUGAUGCUGAACAAGCACGGAAAUUACUGGAUGAGAGGAAAAUUGUUAAGGUUCCUGGGAUUGCUUUGGUUGGUGAUAUUCAGUAG